GAAGACAAUGGGCAGGAGUAGGGUCCUGCUCCAGUAUCCAGUCUUAUCCACUAAGAUGAUCCUCAGUGGGAAAUUUGUAUUGCAGGGGUUGGCUGUGACAGGCCACUGGAUCCAUAAUCCACGGCUGUAGGAAGAGAUGACAGACAACGUGCAGAUGAGCACAGCCAUGGCCUCACGCUUGUUUGUAGCACUGCAGACAUUUCCCUGUGAAGUCCAGAUCGCAACUCCUGGGCUCCCUCUCACAUAUUCUCUUUUUUUUCUCCUCAGGGCACAAUUCCUCAGCCUUAGUGAUGACUGUAGGUAACAGCUCAGUUCUCAACUGCUCUUUCAAAGGAAAUAUAGCUCUGCUUAAAUGGACAAUAACCCCCAAGGCUGGAGGCCUGUGCACCUUGGUAUACAGGGCUGAUAAGAACAAGACACACAGAACAACCUGCAGUGACAACAUAAACUUGAUAUUCAGAGCAGAUCUGCCCCCUGACCUUGAGAUACGGCAAGUGGGACUAGCCCAGGAGGGAAAUUACAGCUGUGAUGUGGCAUCAGCAGAAGGGAACUUGCACACAAGGUACCACCUGACCGUGCAGGCCCCCCCGAGGCUGAGCCUGUCCUGUGACGAGCAGGGCAGCCCCGUGUGCGAGGCAGCGGCGGGGAAGCCGCCGGCUCAGCUCUCCUGGGCCCCAGAGGGCAGCUCCACUGCAGAGGAGAGGUGCCACGACAACGGGACAGUGACUGUUCUCAGCAAGUUCACAGCAUGUAGCACCAGUGUCACCAGUGUGACCACCUGCAUGGUGUCCCACCCAGCUGGGAACUGGAGCCAGUCCAUAGCCUGCUGUCCCUCAGAUCAAAUAAUCCUGAAAGAGAAUUCUGUGUGCCAGAAAGAUGAAAAAGAUGAAGAGCUGUGA